AACAGCUGUUUUCCGGCGGCGAUCAGCUGAUUAUUGGAGUCUAGACGCACCGGGCUCCACCCGCAUAUGUUGAUAUUAAGUUGGAAAUAGCUGUCGUUUACGCCACGAAUAUUUAUAGGCUGCAGCACAACAAGACGCAAGAUCUUCGAUAUUUAUUAUAAUAUUUCCAACGUAAUACUUCAAAAUGAAAUGUCUAAAGCCGAUGAUCGCAUUGAUGAUGGUAUAUUAAAGGGUAAAAGCCAGGGAAGAUACUCGAAACACGAUGGCAACUUCGACAGCUAAUUUUAGUCCCUGUGUUCCGUCACAAACGUUCUGUGCUUGCCAGAGACCACAUCUUAAACCACCUUGAGUUCCUCCAGAUAUUCGUAAUGGAGAAAAAUAAAAGAAAAUCACUCGCUCAGUUUCAUAGUUUCAUCUACAAUACAGCGAAUACACAACUGUUCAUGAGAGAAUUCCGGAAAUAUUCAGAAAUUGGAGACAGACACAGUAUGGUAGAGAUGAUAUUGGAGCUAGAUCAAGUCUCCAAUGCGGAUGUGAAUGCCCUAUUCAUUCCGAAGAACAGCGAAGAAGCUGAAAAACUGUAUAAUGACGUAAUUUCUGCUGAAGGAGAUGGAGACAAAAUGUCGAACCUAUUGAAAAUAAACUUAUUGACACGAGCACUUUUUGCAGCAGAGGCUGAAACUCUUCUCAAGGUAAAGAUCACCAUAGCAAGAGCCAAAUACGAGUUUAAUACUCAAUUCUAUCACAAGUGCUGUAAAGAUUGUGAUUAUGCAUUACAACUGUUGAAAAAUCUGCAAAGUUCAGACCCUCAGAAUGAAUUAGAAGCUGAAAAGAUGAAGACGAUGUGCAAUUUAUUGAAAUCUCAGAGUCUGAAACAGUCAAGAAAAUCGAAUAAACCAUCUUCUCCUUCGUCUGAAAAGAAACUCCCCAGAAUCGAUGGCAAACCCAACAAAAAACUCAAGUCCUGCAGCGAUGCAGUUGCUUUAAUCUACGAGAACGCCAAAGGCAGACACUUAAUCGCAACGAGAAACAUCAAAGCUGGAAGUGUUCUGAUUGUCGAUGAGCCUUUUUCUUUCAGCACAGAUGAGACUGCACUCUCUACCAAUUGCCUUCACUGUCACUCAUCCCUCCAGGGGGAUGAUAACAUCGCAGUGCCUUGUUCGAGCUGUCAGACUGUUUCCUUCUGCUCCGAGGAGUGCCGAUCAAAUGCCUGGGAUAGUUACCACAAAUACGAAUGCAUGAUUUUUGAUAAUUUUUUGGAAAGAUCCAGAACUUGUGAUGCCAAAUCGCACGUACUGCUCGCCUAUAGAACAACUAUAGCAAAGGCAAUUAGAAAAGACUCUGGUGUACUUGAUGCUGAAUUUUUGUGUUAUCAAGACGCUAAAUGCGAGGACGCAAAAAAAUCUCUAGAGAUUGAUAUCAAGAGUGACAUUUAUGAUCCUCUGGAUUAUAGAACUGUGUUUUCCUUAGAGACUCAUUGUGAAAAGGCAGAUGCAAAGGUCAAUCUAUCACGCUCUAUAAAAUCUGUAUACCUGGCAAAAUGCUUGGCUUUUGUAUUGAUGGAGGUUGAUGAGAGGAGUAGAGAGACCAUUGGACAGAGGGAAAUUGCCCUACUAGCAGUCGCUAUGAUGCGACAUAUGCAAGCAGUCAAUUGUAAUGCUUACGAGAUUGUUGAGAAUUUUAGAAACGAGAAUACGAGGACAUGGGAACCACGCAAUGUCGGUGGUGCUAUUUAUAGCUCUGUCAGUCUUGUCAAUCACAGUUGCUAUCCGAAUGUUGUCAGGCACUCAUAUCCUGGAGGAAAAGUUGUUGUUCGCUGUUUGCGAUUCAUUGGAAAGGGCUCCGAGAUUCUUGAUUGCUAUGGACCCCACUUCAUUACAGACUCGCUGGAACUUCGCCAACAGUACUUGAUAGAGAAAUACCACUUUAUUUGCAGGUGCGAACCAUGCAAAUCCGACUGGAAGUUUCCAUUUCCCGAUGAAAUAACCUUUCGCUGCAUCUCAUGCGGAAAUUCACUCGAUUCUCUUCAUUUGAGGUGUACUGAAUGCUCUCAGAAGUUCGAUAUCAGAAAAUUACGCUCUCAGCUAGAAAAAUCAACGAAGAAAAGAAUUCUAGCUGUUGGAAAAAUGUACGACGGACAUUACAUCGAUGCACUUCCAUUAUUACUCGAACACUCUGGCUUUGUUGAUAAGACAUUGAUGGCUCCGUGUCUUGAAGCCAUUAAAACACAACAAUCGAUUAUACAGUGUUACAAUAGUUUGUCGAGCAUUGUGAAAAUCAAGUAGAUUUUCUUUUUCAUUUUCACAUUCACAACUAUUUCAUUCUCGACUCGAUCAAGAAGAUAUAAUGACCAAUUUCUUCAAUUAUCCUUGAAUUAACAUUACAAAUAUCCGCAUUACGUAGGUCAAUAUCAUUUUAUAUCCGUUCUGCAAGAGUUUAAUUGAUGAUUAUCAAUUCACAUUACAAUUAAAUUACCGAUCUUAAUUAUUUUUAUUGUCAUUAAAGUGCAAGUAAAUAACCAUUUAUUUUAUUCAACUUAUAAAUAACAAUAUAAAUAAACUUCAAUUUCAUAAUUGUAAUUUUUCAUUAUGAUUCCUUUAACAGCUUGACUUCUUAAUUGCAAAGGGCUUUCAACAUGCGCACAUUAAUUAUUCAUCACACAAUUAUUGUUCCUAACGAUAAAACACGUGAGACACAUAUAGUUGACAUCUCUUUGAUUUUUUUUCUUAAAUACCAGCAAAAUAUUUCAUUUUUUGUUUUAUAUUUUGCGAUAUUAACAUUGAAAUUGUACUUUGGAUUGCAGUACGACAGAGUCUCGCGAUAAUUUGUCAUAUCUCUCUCUGGUACCAUUGAUUAAUGACACAUUGAUUCGGUAGUGAAGUGAAAAGAGAAAAUGGUUGUCUUAUGAACAUUUUUUAAAUUCAUGGCGCAAAGGAUGAAUUUCUCUUUAUUGUAAUAAUUACAUCAUUUGCUUGAAGAUUUUGUCCAAUGAUGGGCAAAAGUCUGUAUUAAAUACUAAAUAAUUCAAUACUCGAGCAUUUAAUUUUCUUCUGAUUAUCGAAUUGAAAUUAUUCUCUUAAUUAUAUAUUGA